CAGGCGAGACAGGCCCCCCAUAGGGCGGAAGACAGCUGACUGUGAUUCCAUUAUUCAAAGACGAACCAAGAGCAAUUCGUCGAAACCUUCGUCCUCAUUCAAUGGCAAUGAGACUUGCAAUGCUUAAAAACACAGGAGGCAAAAUUGGUAACAUGUUAGGAAUCAAAAGGUGGACGCAUUCCAAUCCCCAACCACCACCUUUAUCUGGAAUUAUUAACCAUGGGGUUUCUUCACCUCAAUGUGUUUUGCCUGAGCUUAGUUUCCCAAGUUUCUCUUUUAAUGGAUCUAUGGAGCUCAUGGCUGUCCCGAAAAAGAAGGUUUCUCGCCAUAAAAGAGGAAUAAGAAAUGGACCAAAAGCUCUAAAACCCAUUCCCGUAAUAGUCCGAUGCAGAAGUUGUGGCCGUGUCAAGCUUCCACAUUUCUUCUGUUGCAGUGGGAAUAGGAUUAAUGGUGGUGACCAAAAUGGUUCAACCAAUUGAUCACAUCCUUUACUUUUGAAGCAUCAUAUCGCGGUCUUGAAACUUUCUCCAAUCCUAAACCAUACCAACCUGAGCUUUAAUCUUAAUCUCUACAGAGUCGUUACAACCAGUUGUAAAACCAACCAAAGCCAAACCUGGCUUUAAAACCCUUGCUCCAUUCUCUCUGCUUUUCUAGUUCACUCUCUAGAUUGUUCGAAUCAAAGUUCUACCUUCUAGAUUUACUUAUGUAUUUUUCUUGAGUUUUAAGUUUUCAAAAUAUUAAAUCUGAAUCAUUGAAAUUUAGUCUGAACAGUUUAGAUAGUAAGUAAUGAAGAGAAAGAGCAUGUGAGAAGAUAGGGUAUUAUAUUUGGCCUCCCCUUUCUUGGUAAAGACCGUUUUUGUAUGUCGUCUUCUUCUCAAGCGAGAAGUGGUGAAUAUGGUGCCGUUUUAUGC